AUGAUUCGAAAUUCUAUUAUUAAUCAUUCUCGAUGGUUCUUAUUUCCAUCGUUUUUUGUUCGUUAUCUUAGCAAUCAGAAUCGAUCAAUAGAAUUCAAUAAUAAUCGAGAACAAAUGUCAGAUCAUAUUCGUACACAUAUUGAAUCUAUAUUAAAAACUUCGUCUGCUCUAAAUUAUUUAAUUAGCUUAAAUUCUACAAAUCAACAACAGCUCUUAUCACUAACCAUAUCGAUUGAACAACUUCGUGAUAUACUUUUUUUUGCCUAUGAACAUAACAUUAAACUUAAUUUAAUAGUAAAACAUUUAAUUCAAUGUGUUUCAUCGAAUGCGAAUCAUAAAUUGGAUUCUAAUCUGUUCAUUGAACUUAUGAAUCUACUUGUUCUUCAUCAACAAAAAUAUUAUGAUAUUACAACAAAAGAUCCGAAUGAAAUAUUACAAAAAUUUAUUAACCAUUUAGAAUUGAGUUUAACUAAAGAUCAAAUUAAAACAAUUUCAUUGACUGAUCUUAGUCUCCUUUGUUCAGCUAUGUAUCGUUUACAAAUAUCAUUGAAAAAUGUUAAUCUGCUCGAUUAUAUUGCUCAAUAUUUAAUUGAUGAUGAAAAGAAAAAAUAUCUCUCUGCAGUUGAUAAACAAAAUUUUAUCAAAAUGUUAACCUUAUCAAAUUAUGGAGAAAAAACUGUAGCUGAAUCAUUAGCAAAUCGAUUCAAUCAAUCAUUUGAACAACAUAUGCGACCGAAUUUACACUUGUUGAGUUAUGAAAUCGUUCGAAUGACAAUGCGUAUUGGAAUUUAUUUUUCUAUGUUUCGUUUUUAUUCCGAUCGAUUUUUUGAAAACUGUUGGAAAUUAAUCGAAUUAGAAUCGAAUUCAUCGAUGCCAUCAUAUCGUGCUAAAGAUAUUAUUCAAAUAAUGAAUACAUUGAUUUACAUGGGUUAUAUACGAAAAACAAGUUUAAAAUAUCUCGAUCUGAUUCGUACUCAUCAACAAAUGAAUCAAUUUAAUGGCAAAUCAGAACGUCUCGUUGAUGUCCUUGCACCUUUGGCAAUGAUUAAUUGUUUUCCAGAGGAUUUAUUAGAACAACUGUUUACCAAGGAGAAUUUAAAUCGAUUGACCGAAUCACGAAUGAAAGAGAAGUUGUUCUUUAUUUCUCAAUCAUAUAGAAUUGUUUGUGCAUCAUCACAACGAUCACUUCUUGAUCAGAAUUAUCUUAAAACAUUGCCACAUCAUUUAUUUGGCUCGUGGGAAAUAGAAAAACGAAAACGACCUUAUUUUUCUAUUGUAAUGCAACGAUUAUUAGAAUGUGUACCUGAUCGGCUCUGUGUAAAAAGCGCUUUUCUAUUGAAACAUUUCAAAAGUCCAGACAUUAUUAUCUGCCUCAAUGCUAAACAACAACCACAAAUCAUUCCAAAUGGAACAAUGAAGAAUAUUUCUACUUUCACAGAAGAUGAUUGUUCAGUAUUCGCACUUCAGGUCCUUAGUGAAGAAGAAUUAUGUACCAAUGAAUCAUUUCGACCUCUUGGUUUAUUCUAUUCGAAAGCUCAUCAAUUGAAAAAAUUAAAAUACAUACCGGUUAUUGUCUAUCCCAAUGAUUCGUUGCAUCAAAUAAAAACAAAAAAUGAAGUAUUUGAAUGGAUUGUGCAGCGUGCACAAAAAACAGAAUUAUUGUUAAAUGAAAACUUGUUAUAA